UCUGCUCUCUACCAGCAGCAGCAGCUGCAGCAGCGGGCGCUGUGGCCAAAGACAUUGAAACAGUAAGAGACAUGGCUAGAGAUGGCGAGGGACGCGACCAGACACCUACUGGGGCUGCUGAGGCUGUUUUAAAAGAACGGGGGCCUUAAAAUUGAUCAACCGUCACAAAAAAAAAAAAAACAAAUCACGCAGAAAGAGAGAGCCCCACCAACCCCCCCCGCCCCACGCGCCUGAUCCUUUCCACAGGGGCUGGAAUCCUGCAUGCCUCCAACGUGAAGACCUCCUAGGACCUUCCAGCCACAGGCCAGAUAGAUGUGGUGUCCACAAGCCUGCACGAAUAACAAUGAACGCGCAGCUGACGAUGGAGAACAUUGGCGAUCUGCACGGGGUGAGCCAUGAGCCGGUGCCAACCACGGCCGAUCUGAUGAGCAGCAGCCCCCAUCACAGGAGCUCGGUGGCCCAUCGCAGCAAUCAUUUGCCAGCCCACCCUCGCUCCAUGGGCAUGGCUUCCAUCCUGGACGGUGGCGACUACCACCACCACCACCGGCCUCCUGACCACGCUCUGACGGGACCCCUGCAUCCCACCAUGACUAUGGCCUGCGAGACACCCCCUGGGAUGAGCAUGAGCAGCACCUACACCACAUUAACCCCUCUGCAACCGCUACCUCCCAUCUCCACCGUCUCGGACAAGUUCCCUCACCAUCACCACCAUCAUCACCACCACCAUCACCACCAGCGGAUCCCUGGGAAUGUGAGCGGCAGCUUCACCCUCAUGAGGGACGAGCGGGGUCUGGCUUCUAUGAACAAUCUCUACACCCCCUACCAUAAGGAUGUUACCGGCAUGGGGCAGAGCCUCUCCCCUUUGUCUGGAUCAGGCCUGGGGGGCAUCCACAACUCCCAGCAAGGGCUGCCUCAUUACGCUCACCCCAGUGCCCCCAUGCCUGCCGAGAAAAUGCUCACCCCGAACGGAUUCGAAGCCCACCACCCUGCCAUGCUGGGCAGGCAUGGGGACCAACAUCUCACCCCUACAUCCGCUGGCAUGGUGCCUAUCAAUGGGAUCCCGCAUCACCCUCAUGCCCACCUGAAUGCCCAGAGUCACGGGCAAAUUCUGGGUUCUGCCAGGGAACAAAACCCUUCUGUCACUGGUUCGCAGGUCAACAGUGGAAGUAAUUCAGGGCAAAUGGAAGAAAUCAAUACCAAAGAAGUAGCUCAGAGGAUCACCACCGAGCUCAAACGGUACAGCAUCCCCCAGGCUAUCUUCGCCCAGCGGGUGCUGUGCCGGUCUCAAGGGACCCUCUCAGACCUAUUGAGGAACCCCAAGCCCUGGAGCAAACUCAAAUCCGGCCGGGAGACCUUUCGGAGGAUGUGGAAGUGGCUUCAGGAGCCAGAAUUCCAGAGAAUGUCUGCUCUCAGGCUAGCAGCAUGCAAGAGGAAAGAACAAGAACAUGGGAAAGAUAGAGGGAAUACACCCAAAAAGCCUCGGUUGGUCUUCACGGAUGUCCAGCGUCGAACUCUACAUGCAAUAUUCAAGGAGAAUAAGCGUCCAUCCAAAGAAUUACAAAUCACCAUUUCCCAGCAGCUGGGGUUGGAGCUGAGCACCGUCAGCAACUUUUUCAUGAAUGCACGGAGGAGGAGUCUGGAUAAGUGGCAAGACGAGGGCAGCUCCAAUUCAGGCAAUUCAUCAUCUUCAUCAAGCACUUGUACCAAAGCAUGAAGGAGUAACCACGAACUGAACCUCGGGGGAAAAGCUUUAAAAAUAAAUAAAUAAAUAAAGACCAGGACCUCAAGACAGCAGGUUUAUACUUAGAACUAUUUGAAAAAAAAAAGUUAUUUAUAAGUCCAAAGAAACCAAAGACUUAUUUCACCUGCAUUUUGACUUUGUUCUGAGAUACACACUUGAGUAGGACGACGACUUGCAAGAAAAAGAAAAGAAACAAAACAAAAAACAGAGAGAAACGAAAGAAACCACUGGUCUUACACCUUCAUCCAUGAUCAUUUUCACCGUAUUUGGCCUGUUUAGUGGUUUGGAGCAUAGUGAUUUCUUGUCAUUGAAUAGACAUCUUUUCAGAUAUGGCUCUUCAUUUCCACAGAUAUUGCCAUGAUGGUGUAUGGUGUAUCCGUACUGUGUACACACCAGUGGUUAGGGACUUAGUCAGGGCUCGUCUUCAGAAAGGGUUGUGCCAGAGCAUGACCAACAUAGCAUGGAGUCGUCUGAAUUCAUUGAACGGUAGUGGGAUUUUUGCUGUUUUAUCGUUUGAACUUUGCUAGUGCAACAUCUGGAAACAAGUUCAAACUAGGCAAAGAAAUUUUGAAUGAUACCUAAACCAGUGCAUUCUCUUUGUUUGUUAAGGAAUGUUCAGAUUUUUAAAAAAAAGUGAAACAAUAUUCCAUCCAUUAAAAAAAAUCGACUAGCUACCAAAGAAUACAUUUAAUAUUAUAUUGCAGGUAUUUUAUUGCAAUGAUUUUAAUAUUCCAAAGCUAUUUUUACACAAAAUACUAUGUAGAGUUAUAGGUAUAAACUAAUCUAACUGUAUAACACAUAAAACCUGUAAUCAAGACUGUUAUUUGCAAUUAUUAAACCACUUUAAUAUUUGUUUCCAUGACUGGCAAGAAAGAAUGUCAUUUUAGGAAUAGCAACUAAUGUCACAGUGUCAGAGCACAGAUGCUAAUAAUGGGAUCCUGCUUCCACUGAAGUCAGUGAGAGUUUUGCCAUUGGCUUCAAUAGGAGCAGGAUGUGUCUUUACAGCUGUGUGUAUGGCUGAUAUGAUAUUUGCCAUGUAUGCAUACUUUUAUUACACUGUCCCUGGCUGACAGUGCUGAAAGCUCAUCUGCUUGAAGGGUGUCAAAAGACCAUCUUUCCCUAUCAAUGUAUUUUAUAUACAUCUCCCAGCAAGCAAUAUCAUCUAGAUUCCAAACAUUAUAUUCCAUUCUAUUUAAUUCAUUUUGUACACAAAAAUUAAAAAUAUGAAUAAAUUUACAGUGUCCAAUUCUGCCCCAUUGACAUUGAAAUCUAUGGAUAAAAAGGCCAUUGAUGAGAAAAGGAGUAGAAGGAAACAUAUGGAGGAAUGUGCUUUUGGGCCCAAAUUAUUUUUCCAUUGAAGAUUAUGGCAAAACUCCUGUUGACUUCAGUGGGAGCAGCUCCAAGAAGAUUACGGUAGUGCUUUUUUGGGGGGGGCACAUCUCGAAGUCAAUAGCAAAACUUUUAUGGAGCUCUAUACGAGUGGGAUAUGGCCCCUUGUUUUGUGGGUUUGUACCUGCUUACUAAGCUAAGUUUUUAUUCCAGUACAUUCUUUCUUGCACGUCUGUUAACCAGGAAAAUGCAUGAAAUAGUUUACAAUUUGUAGUUGAAAAGCUUUAAGUGCUCUGUUGCUAACAGAACUUUCAGAGAAAUGAAAUUGUUCCAUUCUUAUUGUGAUAAAAUCAAAAAGAAAACAGUGCAACAUCUGCUUAUAAAAUUCUAGUGUAGAGGGGAAAAGAUUUUACAUGUGCCUGUUAGAUCUCUAACUGGUAUUUCAAAUUACUGUUGCAAAUCUCCUAAGCAUACCACAUUCUACAGUGAGCAGAUAUGCAGGUAUAUGUCCCAUUGCUAGGAUAAGAAAUCUGUAAUCUUUCUUAUACCUGUAGCUUAAAAAAAAAAAGGUAAACUAAAAUCCAACAUAUGUCAUCAUCGCAGGUUCUAUUUUCUCGUUAUAAAGUCCAAUUAAAAUGCUAAAGACUAAGAAAUUAAGCAACUUUGCAGCACCAUCUAUUUCCCAAGUUAACAAUGUUUGGUCAAGUUUCAGGCUAUCCAGUUAUAAUUACAAAUAGGUAUUUUAAAACGCAACUGAAAUAUCUCCUUAUUAAAACAAUGUUAAAUGAGAACAGGAUGUUUGUCACUAAAUAUUUCUCAAAAUUUUUCCUAUGUUAAACUCAUUUUAAAAAACUGACAAUACACUUGCCUAAUGAAAUGUGAUCCAUGAAUAUUAGAAUCUCUAGUUUACCUUAAAUUCUAGCAUGAUUCGUUUUAAAAAGCUCUGUUCCCAACUAGACAUAAUUGAAGUGGAAAAGUUAAUAGGAAGACAUAACCUCACAUUUAAGGGAUCUUAUAAAUGCAGUCUCAUUAAUGUAAUAUUGAAGAGGACAACCAUAAUUAACCGUUUUGCUUUCUCCAGGAAAACACUGCUUUGUAACUUACUUAUAAGUUUAGAAAGAGAGCCUUAUUUAUUUAAAACUUGAGAAUUUAAAAAUGCAGGGAAAUUCAAAGUACAUUACCACAUUUUUAGUAUUUCCAUUGUAAUGUGUCUUGAGACUAUUUGCUGAAACCAAAGAUAACUUUCAUACCAGCAUUGAAUUUGCACCCAAUAUGCAAUUUCAGGAUCUCUUGCUAUAUAUGUACACACACACAGACAAAUUGAUGCACAAGUUAAAGCCUAAAAGUGGUUUUCUUACAUCUGUUUAAGUAUGCUUUAACCUUUUGUUUUUUAUAAGCCAUUAAGAACGAAGUCACCCUUCCUGUAAGCAAUAUGCUAAUCACAUUUUGAAUAUACGGAGAACACACACUUCUCUUUAGUUGGUUUCUAAAUAUGAAGCAAAAUAAAUAUGGAAACCUUCAUCCUGAUUAUAAAGUUAUUUUAUCCCUCAGGAUACUGCUCCAUUGCACUGACUGAAGCAUAGACAGUAGAUCAUUUGGUGCAUCAGAUUCUUAUUAUUUCUUGUCUUUAGUAAUGGUCAUCCAUGAAGGUGAUUUUUUCCCCCAAAGUUGCACUUAAACUUCUACAUUAAGAAUAAAAGCCUGGCCCCAUUGAAGUCAAUGGGAGUCUUGCUACUGACUUCAGUGGGGUCAAGAUUUCACCCAAAGAUUUCCUGGAAGAAUGGAAGUUAGUAUUAGACUAAAAAAUUACCACUGAGCCACUGGCUCAGGACCUAAGAGUGACACGAAACAGUUCUGAAAGGAAGCGAAGUGGAAAAAGUUUGGAAACAUCAAGAAAUUGGGCUUCAGUCAAAGUUCAGUUAAACAGCUAUUGCAGGUUAGGAAUGUGCACUCAGUUCAUGAAGUGCAUCAAAGCUUACCAUAAUGACCCAAGAGGGGGGGUGCCAAAGAGGUUGAAAGUUUUAAUCCAUCCACAUCAUAAAUUGCAUUAUCAGAUUUCCAGAAAAAAACAAUACCGCUACUUUUUGGCUCCCAUAUUGCUGUCUAAGGGCCUCAUCCCACUGUCCUUGCUCAGGGUAAAAGCAAAAGUAAAAUGAAAACACCUACAAUGGGGGUUGUUGCCUAGCAGCUCAGUCCUGCUCAUUUUGAAGUCAAUGGCAAAAUUCCAGUUGACUUCAAUGCACCAGAUUUCACAAUGCUUACCCAUGGUGAGUGGAAUCUUGCUCCAUGAGUAGUCUGUUGAAUUCAUUGGGAUUGCUCCUGGAGUUAUGUGCUACUCAGUGUUCAGGAGGUUCACAGUUUGGCUUAUUGUGAGCAGGGUCAGGCCUUUAGAAGGACUUCAGAAUCAAGCUCCAACAUUCUGCCCAAAGGGGACUACCUGUCCUUGGAGGGCAAAAAAACAUGGCUGACCUUGUUAUACCAAAGAGUCCUAGGACACUUCUCCUUGCCCCAGUUGUAAAAAAGAUAUUUUUUCCUAGGAAAGGUUGUACUUCCUCCUCUUUCUCUUUCUCCUAUCCUCCUCCUCUUCCUCCUUCUUUGUACAUAAGGAUGAAAACUAUGCAUUUAGCAAACAAAGAGAAAGCACUUAUCCUUUUCCUAUCUAGCUGUGUUUAGGGUGCAUUCAAAGGCCCAGAGGCUAAUUUUGAGACUUUGCUUGGCCUUCUGGUUUAUUACUGUGGUGUGGUUAGCUUUACAAUACAUUUGGUAACUAUUUCCUAAAGACAAAGAAGCAAAAGGUAAGGAAUAGCUACUUCCAUGUGUUUAAAAAAAAAGUGUGUAAAGAUCUACUAUUUAUAGUGUGAACCAAAGACGCUACCUCACUCGAUUUCCAUUGGUGAUUUUAAUCACAUUGAUGAUACCAAAGAAUACCAAAGAUUUUUCAUGCACGGCCUCGGUCUGUAAAGGGAACUCAUUCUCCUUCUUAAAUACCCUCCACCAUCCCCCUUCCUCAACCUUCACUCCGUGUGUAAACUUGUCUGCAUUCUUAAUAAUAAUAAUCUUAUGAAUACUACUCUUACUACAACUGCUAUACUGAUGAUAAUGAUGAUGAUAAUAAUAAUAAAGCUCUAGGCAAACAUGUUGCAAACUUUGUAAACUCAUAGGACGAGUGCCUUGCUUGAACCAAAGUGUUAAACCGCUGUUGACCUCUUUAUCUCUCACCUUAUACUCUUUGAAUACCUCAGCCUGUUAGAAAGGCCACUAAUGAAAAAAAAAAGGAAUAAUUCUUCACCGUGGUGCUUUUUGCCGUGCAACCAUGCAAUGAAACUUUCUUUGAUACCAAAGGAAAAUGUUUUUUUCCACUUUCUUGCUGACAAACCAAAGGUUCCUUCUUCUUUCCCCUUGAAAGCAGCUUGAGUCCCUCCACCCAGACAGGCCGUGCAUUGCUUUUACCAAUUUCUCCAAAUACCUCAUAGUAAUAAAUCGUUAGGGUUAUGUUGUAUAGAGAGUUUAUGUGAUAAGGCAGAACUUACUAGUUUGAUAAUUGUUAAGGUUACUUAAAAAAAGUUUUAUAACUUAUUUAUUUUGUAGAGGUUGUUUUGUUUGUAUUUUUAUUAUUAUUAUUAUUAAUUAUUAUUAUUGUUGUUUGGGUUUCUUUCUUUCUUUCCCUUCAUUUCUUUUGGCAGAACUGCUCUGUUAUACUCAAGGAAGAUCUUAUUCCUGGAAAUAUUUCAAAGGUUGGGUAAAGAUUGUUGUUUGCAAAGAAUGCAAAAAAGGGAGAAAAAAUAUAUAUAUAUAUAUAUGGCUUUGAUUCUUUUUGUUUAAAUUAGGAAGCUUUUUGUGUUUGCUAGUCAAUGUUCUUUUUACAGGGUAAAAAAAUAUUCUCUGCUGUGAUAAAUGGGUUCCUAUUUUUUCUCUAUAAUGUGCUGUGAUUUUUAAUUUAAUUACAUUUUGUAUAUGUUUAUUUAAUCACUGCUUUAAUUUAUGACUACGUAGUGAAAAAAAUUGUAUAUAGUAGAUUCAAAAAUGGCCAAAGCUUUGUGUUACAAUCUUUUUGUUCCUGAUGCUGAGAUAAACUGAAGGAGAGUGCUUCUCUUGACUGCAGGGUGUAUCUUCAGACUUGUCUUAGCAUGCACUUCCAUGUGUUACAAACACUGCCAGGUCCCCCACCUCCCAGAAAACAAACAAACAAAACUUGUACAUGCCAAAAUGAGUGUUUCAAAGUAGUACUUUUGUCGCUUAGAAAGCAGAAAGGCAAUGUUAGUGUGUUUUUUUCCUUUAAUUUAUUUGUCUUUUUCUAGGAAGGUUAUUUUGUGGAUAAGACCUGCAUAUCCAAAGAACUUAAACGUUGUUUAAUGUUUAAAAGCACUGGCAUUUGUGAGAGACUUUGAUUUGUUUUUGGUUCGAUUUGCCAUUCGCACGGGUAUAGCAAGUAGAGGUCGUAAAAAUUCUGGAGAAAAGCUAACUUGAAUUUGGAAAUGCUCUUCAGUACAUGAUACAGUCUUUACCAAGCUUUCCUCCUCUCCCUCCCCCACCAAAACUGCUUCAGCUAGGACCGGGGGAGGGUGCUGCAAACAUGAUAAAUACAUUGAUGUGGUGAUAUACCGAGGGCUGGCUCUUGCUGCCAUUGAGGUCAAUGGGAAAAGUUUCACUGAAUUCAGCUGGGCAAAAUGGAUCUCUGAGAAGCCACUGUUAAGAGCAGCUGGUCUGCCAGACACUGUUAUUGGGUGUGCAUUUAGGAGCAGAACAGGACAGUUUCUCAGAGUCCAUCAAGCAGGGAAAUAUUUUCAUGGGGCAUGAAUUUUUCUUAGCCCCCAAUCCUCAAGAAAAUUGGCAGAAUAAAUAUGUAGGCUCUAAUCCAGGCAAGCCCUUGUGCUUUGAACACAAAUUUAGCCCCAUUAAACGCAAUGGGACUACCCCCACUCUUAAAGUUAAGCAUGUGCUCAAGGGCUGGCUUCAGGAGAGCACUUAAACACAGAUUUAAGAGCUUUCCUAAGAGGGAAGAACUUAAGUAGGUGAUUCAAUGCUUUUCAAACUUGGGGCUUAUGGCCAAGGCCCUCAAAGGUAUUUAGGGUCCUAAACAAUGGAAGUUAGGAGCCUAAAUACCUUUGUAGAUCUGGAUCUAAGUGCUUUGCCAGAUCAGGACCUUCAACAUUUGAAGAGAAAGUCGUCCCCCUGCAGACACGCAGCAUAAGGCUGAUCCAGUCACUAAAUGAGACUUAAGGGGUGGAUAGGCUUUGCCCAAGGUGAAUUCAAUCCAUGGCUAUCUAUUUGGUCACCCAGCUGAAACAAAACAGAAUAGAAAUGUAUUUCCCCCACACCCUUACAACUGGAAACAUGUACUGUAUUCUGUACUUCCCCUACGCCUGGCAUCACUUUGUACAUCUUUAGAGAACAAAAUCAGUUUUAAUUGAGAGAAAAAAAGAAAUGACAAUGAUAAUUCUGCAAAGCUGAUGGUGGCAUCAUGGCACAGAAAAUACGAUGCCAUUUACCUGUAUUUUAUUUUGCCUGAGUGAUAGAUUCUAUUUCAACUAAAUGCCAUGUACCAACAUGAUUUGUGAUGGGUGUAAAUAUUUUUUUUUCAUGCACAAUAGUUAAGCUCAAGGUGUACACUGUUUUUGUUUUCGGGGAUAGUUGAAGGGUUCAGAGAGGGAAGGACAUGGGAGGGUUUGGGCUUUUGGUCAAAAGUUACACUUUCUUAGAUAAAUUUUUAUACUUCAAGUAUUGAAAUGGGGCAAUAAAGAUGCUCUGAAAUGCAGGAUCAUUAAAUGGUCUAUUGGUAAGCUUUGGAUAAUUGUCUGCUUUUAAUACAUAAACUAAUGCCGUGCAAUGAGUUAUGUUUCACAUGGGGGAGGAGACAACAUAGUAGUCUAUUAAUCCAACAGUAGCUAUUAAACACUGGAUGGAACUGUAUUUAGAAAAUGUUUUCUGUUUAGUAUUUUGAUUUUUCUUGGUAUGUUCUGCAUUUAUUGCAUAAUCAUUGUGGAAUCAUUUUAGUUUUGCAGUAUGACCCAAACAACAGUAUUAAAAGAAAAUAAAGUUUAAACCAUUGUCUUUUACUUGCUUCAGUAGUUGUCUUCAUAACCCUUGUGUCUACUGUCCAGUCCAAGCUAAACAAUCUUCAUUCACCUAGAUGCUCCCAAAUGAUGGAGUUUUUUUUAAUUAACCUCUUCCCUUCCUUUCUCUGUUUUUCCAUUCUGAAUACACCUUUGACCUUUACUAUUUUUUUCAGUGCAAGUCAGUUUCCAUGUUCAAGUUAGCUUGAUUGUUCAUAAUGUAAAAAGGGCGCCAAAGACAAUCAUCAGGUAUAAGAUCAGUAGAGGUAGGAAAUCUUCCAAGAGCGAGAGGGAGUUCUUCCAUAGCAAUGAAAAAAAAAAAAAAGAAAAAAAAAAGAAAACUUAAGAGAAGAUUUUGAUAAAAAGACGACUUUGCUGUCAUUUUUGGUUUGCCAAUUAGAAAACGGUAGUAGUUUAUGCGUUGCAUCUGCAUUUCAUACUAAGUGAUUAUUGUACCUAAUUACAGCUGAUUGCUAAUAUUUCCUCAAUCUCUCUCUCUUAGUCAAGCGCUUCUUCUUCUGUAUUUUGUGUAUAGCGACAAGUGUAAUGCACUAGGCAUUAUUCUGGUUUGUUUAUGGGUAUCUCCUGUACUGCGUUAAGAUUUCUUUAAGUUACUUUUUUUAAGCUUUGCUACUGUUCUCACUUGAUGCCGUGCAAUAUCAUCUGCUGUGUUUGCUAAGCAAAAAAAAAAAAAAAGAAAAGAAAAAAAAAAGCAAGUGAUGAUGUCAUCAUGCUUUUCAGUGUUAAAAUGUUUCAGCGUUUAUGUAGUCACAAAAGUGUAGUAAAUAAAAGGUUGGAUUUUCCAGCACUUUAAAUUUA